AUGCAGCGAGGCGCGCUCCUGGCGGGCGCCCUGGCCGCGUACGCCGUGUACCUGGUGCUGGGCGCGCUGCUCUUGGCGCGGCUGGAGGGGCCGCACGAAGCCCGGUUUCGAGCCGAGCUGGAGACGCUGCGGGAGCAGCUGCUGCGGCGCAGCCCGUGCGUGGCGGCCCCCGCCCUGGACGCCUUCGUGGAGCGGGUGCUGGAGGCCGGACGGCUGGGGCGCGCCGCGCUCGCCAACGCCUCGGACCCCGCCUGGGACUUUGCCUCGGCUCUCUUCUACGCCAGCACGCUGGUCACCACCGUGGGGUACGGGUACACGACGCCACUGACUGACGCAGGCAAGGCAUUCUCCAUUGCCUUUGCACUCCUGGGCGUGCCGACCACCAUGCUGUUGCUGACCGCCUCGGCCCAGCGCCUGUCGCUGCUGCUGACCCACGCACCCCUGUCUUGGCUGAGGGUGCGCUGGGGCUGGGAUCCCCGGCGGGCAGGCCGCUGGCACUUGGUGGCCCUGCUGGGGGUUGUAGUGACUGUCUGCUUCCUGGUGCCAGCUGUGGUCUUUGCCCACCUCGAGGAAUCCUGGAGCUUCCUGGAUGCUUUCUACUUCUGCUUCAUCUCUCUGUCCACCAUCGGCCUGGGUGACUAUGUGCCUGGGGAGGCCCCCGGCCAGCCCUACCGGGCCCUCUAUAAGGUGCUAGUCACAGUCUACCUCUUCCUGGGACUGGUCGCCAUGGUGCUGGUACUGCAGACUUUCCGCCACGUGUCCGACCUUCACGGCCUCACAGAACUCAUCCUGCUUCCUGCUCCAGGCCCUGCCAGCUUCAACGAGGAUGAAGACGAUCAGGCGGACAUUCUGGGCCCCCAGCUGGAGCCACGCCAGCAGCUCUCUGCCACCUCCCAUGCCAAUUAUGCCUCCAUUCCCAGGUAG